AUGAGCAUAAGUUUGCUUUUUUGCAAAAGGUACAGCGGCGAGGGAAGCGACAGGUGCCAUGCAUGCGAACCUGGUCGGGCUGCGCCCGAGAAUGGAUCUGAGGUUUGUGAAUGGUGCAACGCUGGCAACUACAGUGAUGAGCCUGGAAGCUCUGUGUGCAAAAGCUGUGAUAAUGGCACCACCUCAGACGGACGCGGAAGCUCUGCGCUUGCCGACUGCAAGUGCCCACAAGGAACUUGCUUCGACAUUCACAUUUCUUCCUGCGCGACCUGCCCUGCCGGCAUGAGCUGUGCAUGGGCGUGCAAUCUUAGCGCCUUCGGCUCACGCGAGGGAGAGCCUCUGCUUCAAGCGGGGUUUAUGACCCUGCAAGCUGGAGACCCACUGAGAGUCUUCCGAUGCAGGUCAGCAAAGGCAUGUCCCGGUGGCCGAAACGGAAGCUGUAGCGAGGGCCAUGAUGCACAGGCAGUCGCAUGUGGCCGAUGUGUUUCCGGGUAUUCUCCACGCAGUGACGGAUGUAAAGUUUGUGAAGAUGGGGAUUCGCUGCCGCUUCUUCUGGUGCUGUGCGGCACUUCUGCGCUCGUGGUGCUGACAACAUUGGUGAUCAACAAGGAUCCACUGAUCCGGUCGAAUGCCAGCAUUAUGGUUGCCAUCCUAGGUGGCAUGGCAGUCAGCUGCUUGCAAAGCUUGAACAUCUAUCGCCAGCUCGAGAUAGACUGGUUCGAGCCGAUGCGCAGUAUUCUGAAUGCUAUGUCAGUGCUGUCCUUUGACCUGGAUAUCCUGAACGGAGGCUGCAUUCUCGGCCAUGAUGAAGUGCGCAAGUACACCCUGCAGCAGUGUGCUGUGCUCGUGAUUAUUCCGUUGGUGCUGAUCACCUUGUUCUGCAAGAAGCGGUUUGUUGCAACGCAGGUUCGUGUCCAGUUCUGCAACACCGUUGGAACCUUCUUGCAGGUGGCCUUCAUCUCUUUGGUUAUCAACAGUGUCAUCCCAUUGCGGUGCUUUGAUCAUCCGACGUCUGGCUCUUCAGUGUCCUCCAUGCCAUCCAUCUUAUGCUUCGCGGAAGAAGGAGACCAUAUGCUGCUGCUGCUUGCCGGCCUCCUUUCCUUCCUGCUUCUGCCUUGUCCAUUUUUGGCGGUCAGCUGUUGGGCAACGUGGGUGUAUCCGGCAAAGCUUACGGAUAAGUCUCCUGCGGGGCGCAAUUUUCAGCUUUCCACUCAGUUCCUCUUCUCUCGCUUCACUCCUGCAGCCCACUAUUAUUGCAUCGUGUCCCUCGCGAAGAACUGCCUUCUUGCCUUCGUCCCGGUGAUUUUUCAGAGAGGCGUCGCUCUGCAAAGUUGCUUGCUGGGUUUUGCCAUCGUGUUGUUCAUGAUGCACCAACUGCAGCUUCACCCCUGGAAGAGCUACAUUGCAAACCAGAUGGAUGGAUUCUGUAGUGCCUCUUUGCUGCUGCUGCUACUCUGUGGAACUCUUGCAUCGCCCACGGAUGCAUCCACCAUUCGGGAUCUCUCGAUCGUGGGCACAGCUAUAGCCCUCGUUCUCGGUGUAUUCCUGACGGUUGGACUUGGCUACAGCAUCUACAGAACGUGCGUGCCAGGGAAGCAUUACAAGUGGUUCAUCUGCCAUCACAAGGCCGACGCAUCUGCACAGGCGCGUCUGCUCAAGGUGCUGCUUCAGGCGAAAAACUCCUACGGCAACGUGUUCAUAGACUCAGACAACCUGGUUGACUUGGACACGUUAUUCAAUGUGGUCAAGGUGCAGGUGGAAACACUAGUGGUGUAUAUGACGCGUGAUAUCCUGACACGACCAUGGUGCGUGGGUGAAAUCGUAACGGCAUUCAGGAGCAGCACAGUGCAAGUCGUGAGGGUCAAGACUUGCAGCUACUCCGUGCCUUCUGAUGAGAAGCUGAACGACUUGGAAUACUUGCAGUCAUACAUAGACAUGCGCGGCUGCAACCUCGCACGCUAUUUCAUUCGGAUGGAAGACGUGCGAGAUGCCUUUGCAAACUUGCUUCGGCCCAGCACCCCCUGUGUGGAAUUCAACGAUUUCCUGGUUGGGACGCAUAGAUUCGACAAGUUGGCAGAAGAGCUGACUGAGCUGUCUUUCCAAAGAUCGAAGGGCAAACAGAAAGCAGCUUUCCCGAAGGAUGAGGGCAACCCAGACGUUGAGAGCGAUGACACAGCUGACUUGGUCGUGAUUUCGUCGGAGCCAGGCAAUGACGAGGCAACAGCGGCUGCUUCGAUCCUGUGCAGAAAAAUGAAUGCAGGGGUCGCGGCGUGCGGGACCAGCGCCAUAUGCCUCGUCGAUUCUGGCAGGAAUCAGUUCCACAUGGCGAACUGUGUGGCCCGCUGUCGUGCAUUGGUGGUGCUUCUGUCCUUCGGGUCGCUGUCUUCGAUCUUCCAACUCCAUGCCAUCGUGGAGUUGAUGCUUCAGCUUGACGAGUUGGGAAGCGAGUCCAAGAACAAGCCGGCAAUUAUUCCCGUGAAUCUUCCUGAGUUUCAAUUCCCACAAGCUACAUACUACGAAGAGCAGCUGCCUGUGAUUUGGGGCGAGGCAGAUCUUCAGAAAGCGGCGGAGAAAAUCAAGAGUUUUUUCAGGUUCAUCACCAUCAACCUGCCAAUUCACGCCUCCGACCUUCUGAUCGAAACGCAAUGCCUCGAAGUCCUGAAGCGGAUUCCGGAAGAGUCUUCUGCAAGUCAUUCGGUGCAUCGUGAACCGCUGAUGCAGGACUUGGCCGGCGUCAUCGCCUCAAAUCGUGGCCACUUCCACUUGCUUCGCAAUGGUGGUGAUGUCGCAGACCGCGACCUCUGCAAUGGCGCCUUCAAGCCACUUGUGAGUCUUGGACGGACGUCUAACGGCAGCAGCGAGUCAACGAGACUGGAAGUUAUUGGACCCGACGACGCUGGGAUCAAGCUCACCUCGUCGGGGAAGUGUGAGGGCAAGGCUCACCCAGUUAACGAUGCACAAAGCCCGAGCGUUUGCUCUGGGUGUAGUUAUGUCGUGGAGCUUGCAGCCUUGGAUGCUUCGAUUCGCCUGACGAACUCAGACUCCUACAGCUACAACUCCAGCGGAGACGAGUCUUCUUCCGCGCCGUCCAUGAGGCCCAUGCGCGACCUCGUUCGACUUGCCAAGGCAGGCGACCUCCGCCAUGUGAGAGAGAUGCUGGCUCGUGCAAAUCCACGUGAGGUAGCAACCCUCGGCACAGAAGCCUUGCACGCGGCAUGUUCAGAAGGGCAUCAGGAGAUCGUAAAAAUGCUCUGCGCAGCCAACACGAAGCUGAAUGCCAAAGAUCAAAAUGGCUUGACUCCUCUGCACGUAGCAGCCUUUCGAGGUGAUGAUGCCGUAGUGCAGAUCCUCUGCAAGGCCAAGGCAGAUGUGCAUGCAGUGGACGAAGAGGGCUGGACUCCACUUUAUGUCGUUGCAUCGUUCAGCGGUCAGGUAGACGUGGCGCGAAGCCUUUUGCGUGCGAAAUCAGAUGUCAAGUUCAAGUCCGCCAACGGCACGAGUGUGGCUGCAGCAGCACAGCAGAAAGGCUUCGGCGAUCUGCUACAGCUGCUGAAGUCCCAGUCAAAAGCUUCAUGUCGAAAAGGCCGCUAUGUUUUGGCUGGGGAGUUCAUGCACUGCUUUCGCCUGCAGUGGGGAGACUCCCAGGCGCAGAGUCACGAGUACUCGGAGUCCUUACCGAAAGACCUGCGUUCAUCGCUCGCAGUUUUAGACCCAUGCAGCCGCGAGUCCGCUGAGGCCGUCCGGCCCUGGAUCGAGGGCCGCGAGCCAAGGCCGUGGGAGCGCACGCCAGGGCUUCAAAAUCUUCGCAACACCGGCGGCCGGGUGGAUGGCGCAUGCCGAAGCUUCUCCGAGUGUAAGUUUGAAAAGGCACUGUGUUCGAAGGAGAAGUGGCUGGCCAAGGAGGAGGCACGGCAUCGGGCGUUGUGGAAAAAGCAGAUGCACUACGAAGAGAUGAGGGCAAAGCAUGAAAACAAGGAGACUGCUCGCAGGGACUGGCAAGAAAAUUUCACUGCUCAGAAAAAAGCAGAGAUUCAGAUCCGCAUGCAGACAAUAUGUGGCCGCCGACAACAAGCCCAACAGUUCAUCAGGGCCCAGACAGAAGAGCAGAUUGCGUCAGCGGAGGCAAAAGCUAUCGUAGCUGUAUCGAAGUCGGAAUACAUAGCCCGCCAGAGGGCCGACGAAGAAGCGCUGAAUCAGGAAAUCGCGAGCUUUCGCGAUGCCCGCAUUGCCAAUAACAUCUACAAGGCAAGCCUUCUGCAGACCGAGCGGGCGAAGAGGAGGCUUCUCCAGCAGGAGAUGACUGCCCAACGACGAAUGAUGGUAGAGCAAGAGGCUGUCCAUCAGAGGGCCGCAUCGGCCGAGCGGCGGAGGGCUCGUUCCGACUACAUGGAUGCCCGUCUCCGUGCCCACUCCGAGCAGCUGGAAGGCAAGCGCCAGGAGAAAGAGGCGAGGCUCGCCCACAAGCGGCAACAAGUCGAGGCACGGCAUCAACGCCAUGAGGAGAUCAUGGAGCGAAUGAGAAAGCUGGACAUGCAACACCAUCAAACGAGCUCGCUGCUGAGGGAGUUGACAUGGCAGGCAGCCGUGAGUAACAGUCAGGACCGUCUCCUGCAUGAGCUCACGGCCGUUGUGCCACGAGUGGCUUCAGCACCUACGACGCCCAGGAGCCCUGGCGGAUUCACUACGUCACCAGAAUCACAGUCAUGGCACACGCCACGACGAGUCAGCGCAGAUCGACUGGUUCCUGCAACGCCCGGGAGUCCUGCCAUGCUCUCACGGCGGGACAUCUCGCCACCAGGAUCACAGUGUCAGAACACGCCACGGCGAGCCAAUGCGGAUCGGUCGGUUCCCGAGACGCCCAGCAGCCCUGGCAGAUUCACCAGGCCUUCACCACGGGACAUAUCGUCCCCAGCAUCACAGACCGGGGACCUGCUGCGGACAGUGAACGCAGAUCGGUUGAUUCCCCGUCCGCUUUGCUCGACUAUGCAGACAGUCAAUGUGGGCUCACUAGCCCGCAUCCUCUGGUCGCCCUUGCAUGGGCCUGGACGCCAGCCGAUAGGCUCUGUUACCAGCUCAUCCUCCAUCGGGUCCCUCAGCUCCUUCAAUGGCGGCGUGGAUGGCUGCGCCGUCCUGCACGGAAUUGUGAGUGGGUAG